AUGAGCUCCGCCACUGUCGAGGAGUUCGUCGAGCUGCUCAACGCAGAGCAGCAUGUCGACCUUCAGAAGCUACGCGAUCUGGCUCGCCACGGAGUGCAACCGUCUGUGCGCGGCGAGGUGUGGCUCUACCUCCUCGGUGUGCUCAGCGAUGACAAGGGUCAAGAGAUGACGUCCGUCCGCAGCAAAUUCCUCGCCUACGAAGCACUCGACAAGCACAAUCCUGCGCUGGAGAAACGUGUCCGCAGCGAGUGUCAGCGGUAUUAUCAGAAGCGACUCGGCACACGACCGCCCCCCGGCAGAACGUUGAUGCGAAGCUCUAGGAGCGUGCUCUCGCGCAAGCCCAGCGGAUUCUCUGCGGGCGGACUCGGGUCUAGCAUGGCAAGCGGCUCGUCUCUGGGUAGGGACUUUUCGAUGGAUGGCUCUUCCUCGUCGGGAAGCCUGUCCAUAUCGGGAUCGUCGAUGGGCGAUGCUCAGCAGUCUUCGAUCUUGGGCGCAGGCGCAAGCUCGUUGGCGACGACAACUCUGAAUGGAUCCGACCGAGGACCGAACCGCGUCAACGAUGGUAGGAUCCACGCGCUCGGCGGGAUUAUUGGAGAAAGCGGCGUGUCUGCAGCCAUGGACGCCGACGACCCAGACGCAGCGGCUGCACUCGAGCUGAAACGCUUUGGUCGCAGUGUCGAGAACAUCAUCUGCGCCUUCAUGAACCGAUGUACAGCUGCAGAGGCAUCGCGAAGGAAAGCAUCACAUGGCGCUGCUGAGUCCACUCUCGGGGAGACGGGCACCAACGGAUCAUCAACAGCCCAGAUAGCCGACGUGAGGCAUGUCGAAGAUGCCAGAGGUCGAGGGCAGACCUCAAGAGAAGCACAGCCUGGCAGCAUGGCACCCGAUGGCGGCCCUACAAACGCAUCGACGGACGACAUGGUGGCGGUCGGGUCUUCCGUCAAUCCUUCUUCGGCGCGUCAAGUACACGGUAACGGGCACAGCAGCGGUACAAGCUCACGGUCGCGCUCUCGAGCAGGCUCCUUCAGCGGCGCGACGAACGGGACAGGUUUGGGCACUCCACCAGCUCGCAGCAAUGUGAGCCUGGAGGACGCUGUUCGGUCUCGCAUGCCACGAGAAUACGAAUGGCAACCACAGGUCAACCCUGGCAACGGUGGCUCUCCUGGUACAGCGGCCGAGUUUCAUCCUGCUCUGGUGUAUCUCUGUGCGCCAUUCGUGCAGUGCGUCCGCGUCGAAGCAGGGAUGUACUUUGCCUUUGAGAGACUGAUGAUGCUGAUGGCACGACACAGCGCACGCAAUCCGCUACCACGGCAAGUAGCCACGUUCCUCACGCUCUUCCGAACGACGCUGCCCGAGCUGCACUCCUACUUCGAAGAAGAGGAGGUGGACAUCAUCGGGUUCGCCACCAACUGGCUGCAGCACCUGUUGGCGGGCGAGCUGCGCAUCGAAGACCUGAUGCGGCUGUGGGACACCUACUUUGCCCUGCCUGACUUUUUGGAUCUGCAUCUGUACGUGUGCAUUGCGAUCUUGACGAACUGCAAGGACUCGCUCGAGGAGCUGGAUCGGUCCGAGACGAGGAGCAUGCUGGACAGCUUGCCGCCACUGGAUAUCGAUCGGAUCAUCAACGAGGCGAUCAACAUUCGGUUGAGCCACCAACGGUCGCAGCGCACGGACGAUGUUUAG